AUGGGGUCCAUUGAGCAGUCGACUCUCCCCGCCGACUUCGUCUGGGGCUUUGCGACGGCCGCCUACCAGAUUGAGGGCGCUGUGAAUGAGGAUGGACGCGGCCCGUCCAUUUGGGAUACCUUCUGCAAGAUUCCUGGCAAAAUUGCCGGUGGCGGCUCGGGCGAGAUCGCGUGCGACUCGUAUCAUCGCACUCAUGAGGACAUUGCAUUGUUGAAGGCCUGCGGUGCGAAGGCGUAUCGGUUCUCGCUGUCUUGGAGCCGAAUUAUUGCCCUCGGCGGCCGCAACGACCCCGUCAACGAAAAGGGCCUACAAUUCUACCUCCGAUUUAUCGAUGACCUACACGCGGCAGGGAUCACCCCAAUGGUAACACUCUUUCAUUGGGAUCUACCAGAUGAAUUAAACAAGCGAUAUGGCGGGUUAUUGAACAAGGAGGAGUUUGUAGCGGACUUUGCGAACUACGCUCGAUUGGUGUUCAAGACAUUUGGAUCCAAGGUCAAGCAUUGGGUUACGUUUAAUGAGCCCUGGUGCAGCAGCGUACUUGGAUAUAACACUGGUUCUUUUGCGCCUGGUCACACAAGUGAUCGCACCAAGAGCUCUGUGGGCGAUGGUUCAACAGAGCCAUGGAUUGUGGGUCAUAACAUUCUUGUUGCGCAUGGAGCAGCAGUGAAGAUCUACCGUGAUGAGUUCAAAACACAGGACGGUGGCGAGAUUGGUAUCACAUUGAAUGGCGACUGGGCCGAGCCGUGGGACCCUGAAAAUCCAGCCGACGUCGAAGCCUGCGACCGUAAAAUUGAAUUUGCGAUCUCAUGGUUUGCCGACCCCAUCUACCAUGGCAGAUACCCCGAGAGCAUGAUCAAGCAACUAGGCGAUCGACUGCCCGCCUGGAUACCGGAAGACCUCGCCCUGGUCCAUGGAAGCAAUGACUUUUACGGGAUGAACCACUACUGUGCAAAUUACAUUCGCGCCAAGACAGGGCAGCCCGAGCUUAAUGACAUUGCAGGAAAUCUGGAGCUGCUCCUAGAAGACAAGAAUGGGGUUAGCAUCGGGCCUAUCACCCAGUCACCGUGGUUGCGGCCUUGCGCAGUGGGAUUCCGCAAGCUGCUCAAGUGGCUCAGUGAGCGCUAUGGAUAUCCCAAGAUCUAUGUCACAGAGAAUGGAACCAGCGUCCUGGGGGAAAACGAUAUGCCGCUAGAACAGUUGCUUGAUGACGAGUUCCGUGUGCAAUAUUUCAAGGAUUAUAUCGGUGCUAUGGCGGAUGCGUUUACGCUGGACGGAGUGAACGUUCGGGCUUACAUGGCUUGGAGCCUUAUGGACAACUUCGAGUGGGCAGAAGGUUAUGAGACCCGCUUCGGUGUGACUUAUGUCGACUAUGAUCAUGACCAGAAGAGGAUCCCAAAGAAGAGUGCCAAAAGCAUUGGGCAGAUCUUCGAGCGACUCAUUCAGAAGGUCUAA